AUGAAUAAAGAUCACUCGACAUAGUGAUUAUUUUUUACUACUGGCAUCUUUCUAAUAGCCCUGUAGGGGAUUUUUUUGCAAGUUGGAAGUCAUUAUUUUGUAAAUUAAAAUAAUACAGUUUUGUGUGCAUUUUAGACCUUAUUCGUGGCUACAGUUGCUCCAAUGUGACUGAACGUUUACCACCAACGCUUAUUAAACUACCAGACAUGCGAGAUUACAAGUAUAACGUUUAAAGGGUUAAAACGUGGACGUGUUGCCGGACAAAACCUGAUAACAGUGACAUCAAGACUCUUACUUACUUACUUGUCUCCUCGACGGAGCAAGUGAGACUUCAAAGGUAGAUCUUUGGUCUGGCUCUGUGCACGGAUGCGCACCGACCUUGGAGUCUCCAGACGCGCAGCGGAGGAUUUUGCGCACUGAAAUAAAGUAAGCUAGAGCUGAAGAGAGCGCACAGCGAGCGGACUGCUUUCUGACAGACUGCAGUCCUGUCACUGGGGUCCGGGCUCACUUGGCCAUACUUUACCUUGCGUAUCGUCAUUCUAUUGAUAGAGAGGGGAAUAUAUAGUCGGCAGCUUAUUUUGGUUUGGCUUGAUUCGCAACUUAGAGGACUGUUAUUUCAACUGAGCCAUUGUAGCCGUCUCACAUUGUUUGUAGAGACAUCCAAGUGUCCCAGCUGCUCAGGGAGAAUUCACUCAACAGCCUGAGAGGCGGAGACGUUUGAGAGGAUUUUAGGACUCUUACCCGAGUGGAUUGAACAAGGAUGAUUGUAACCGCUUAACUCAUCUAACAGAGGUAGUAGUACAUUAAAAAACGGUGAUCACAGCAAUGCUUCAACGACAUGUGCGUCUGCCCCUCUCCAAAUCUUCCAGAGGAUUUAAGCGCCGCGCAUUUUGAAUAAGUCGAGAAGUCAUUGAAGAUGAGAGCUCUACAAACAUUCCUGUUUCUUUUCCUCCUGCACCAGGUCACAUGCAGGAAAGUGAAUGGAGAAGCCACAGAGCUCAUCGAGUGGGCCGACAGUAACAACGAACAGAAGAUUUCUCCCACGGGGGCCAGUCCACGGAUCCUUAACCCCCUGCGUUUGUUUGCCAGGGGCUCCCCCGGGUUCAAGAGCAACAUGAGGGAAAUUACAUAUUUACAGAACAUGGAGGACUUCUGGGACUGGUUAUCUAACCAGACAGAUGUUCAGGGCGCACAGGCCAGAACUAAACGCAGACCCAUCGUUAAGACUGGCAAGUUCAAAAAGAUGUUCGGGUGGGGAGACUUCCACUCCAACAUCAAGACUGUGAAACUCAACCUGCUGAUCACGGGGAAGAUUGUGGACCACGGGAAUGGCACUUUUAGCGUCUACUUCCGCCACAACUCCACAGGCCUGGGGAACGUGUCAGUCAGCCUGGUGCCGCCCUCAAAGGUAGUGGAGUUUGAAAUUGCUCAGCAGUCCACGCUGGAGACCAAAGACACCAAAUCAUUCAACUGUCGCAUUGAGUAUGAGAAGACUGACCGCAACAAGAAGACUGCCCUGUGCAGCUAUGACCCGUCCACAGUGUGCUAUCAGGAGCAAACGCAGAGCCAUGUGUCCUGGCUGUGCUCGAAGCCCUUCAAAGUCAUAUGCAUCUAUAUAGCCUUUUACAGUGUUGACUAUAAACUGGUGCAGAAGGUAUGCCCUGACUACAACUACCAUAGUGACACGCCCUACUCCUCCACUGGAUGAUCUAGCUGUUGUUAGUAUGCAUCAUCCUUUUGUCUGAUCUCAAAUUAUGUAAAUGUCAACCUCUAAGCUCUUUGUCCCAAAAUACCUAAAUACAUGAAACAUGUUGCAAACAUGUUUGUAAUGGGACACACUCUAGGUGCAUUAUUAAAAAAAAAAAAUUAAAAAAACUUUUGUGUAUACAGAUGAAACACCUGAGAAAGUUAGGUAUCCAGGGACUUGGUUUAGGGGUUGACUUGGGAUUCAGAGCUAGCUACCAACCCUGGGUGACUCCUUCCCAUUACAACAGCACAUGUUCUCCAUAAAAACACUGGUAUAAUUAGCGUGUCCAGAUGUUUUCUUCAAGGCUAGGCCACAGGCAAAGAGCCUCCCAGUUGGAAGUGCAUAGCAGGCUUCUGUGCCAGUGCUGCAUUGAUGCUAACAUUGUCAAAAAAACCAUUCUCCCCUCAUUUAAACAGUUCUGGAAGGAAAUAUGAAAAGACCUUAAUUCAUGUUAAUAAUUACAAUACCGUGAUGUGUGAAUGGUUAUUCAACAUGGCAUGGCAUUUGAUAUUUCACAUUUGAAACCCUGCUGACUUAUUAGACAAAAUGAUCUGUCCAUUCCCUAUGAAGUUGAGCUAACAUCAUUUGUAUCUGUUAACAGAACAAAGGCUGGACAGUGUCUAUUAUUUCAAAUUUGCUUGACAACUGGGUAUUUACUCAAGCAGCUCUGAAUAAUUUAUAUGACCGUAUAAUCUAUAUUUUAGCUGUCUUUCUAUUAUCAUGACUGGAAUAGCAAAGUAUGUGUCCAUGACUAAAUAAACACAUCUAAGCCCCAAAACAAGCAAAGAGCAUAAUCAUAAAUCACUGCACAGACAUAUGUAUGUAGGUACCCAUCCAUGUGUAACAUGGCUGCUGCCUCGUGUGCUCCUUAAAAUGUUUUUUUUUUUUUUGCUGCAAUCAUCAUAAGGUAUGUGUAUGCUAAACUGGUCUGAAAUCCAACAUCUGUGUUUGCAGGAUGCACUUUGAGGCAUCAGCCUGCUAAGCGGGCCCCGCAGUGGAUUAAUAUGUUGGGGGUGGGUGGGGGUGGGGGGGGCAGCGUUAAUUGCAGGACAGGUGGAUUUAGCGAGUCUGGCAGACAAUUAUCAGCACUUUGUCAUGGUCCUGCCACCAGUCCUGACAUUACCUGUCUUUAAUAGGCUUUAAUUAGCCUGGGAAAUUCCAUUUACCUAAGACCAAGAGUGGAGAAACCAAAAGAAAAAAAAGAAGAAAAAAGGCACAAGUACAAAAUCCGUCUGGAAUUUUAAUGAGACGAGGGACCUACAUUUUUAAAUGUCAUACAUUCCCCAAUUCUACAACCGGCUUAAGUUUACUGACUGUUGUGUGAAAGUGGAUAACAUCCAGUCUUGUAAUAAAUGGUGAAAUGUCCUUUAACGUAGCAAUCACUGAAACAGUUUUAGAAGGUUCUGUUGAAAAACAUCAGUUUUACACUUGAAUUGUCAUAAAUGUUGUUGAUUGUGUUUAUCCAGGGUUUUUUAGACUAGGGCAUGUGCCACUGACUAAUCACAUGGCAAUUCUUCCUGUUAAUGUUACUUUAUUUGCUGUAUCUCAUGUCUUUCCCCAGUAGCUGUAAAUUAUCUUGUCACAUUAUACACACAAGGAGAGGUGUACGAUAAGGACAUUAUUAAAUCCGAGUUGAUCUAUGUUGAUGUUUUUGUUCUACUCCUUUGUGCAAAUGCUGUGUGUUAUUGUGUAACGCUUAAACUAACCCUGUUUACAGCUUUAGAGUAAACAAUGUCAAUUUAUUUAAAUUUUUCCAGCAAAAUCUGUAUCAAUAAGUAUAAUGUUUAUUACAUUUUUUUGGUGUUAAGAGAUAUUAUGUAGAUAGAUGUAAUAUGUAUUGCUCAUAGAUUGCUUUUAUUUCCAUUUUUGUAAUCCUUGCAGAUUGUACCUAUAUUGAUUUCCUGAUUGCUUAAUCUUGUUACAAAAGUUUCCUCUAAAUAUGAAAAAAGAACACAGCUGUGUGUAAAGUGUAACUAAAAAUGUUCAUUUUGGAAUAUUUUAUUUCAUAGGGGGUUGUUAAAAUGAAAUUGUACAGAUCAAUUUAGGUUUGUAUGGCAUUAAACCUUAUUUGAACUUGGCUCGCAGCAUAUUGCCA